GACAAUAUGGUUAUUAUACAAACCAAACCGAUUUAUGAAUAACUAUCUUUCUAUUAAGUAGGAAGCAGUUAUUUUCGCUCACAGAUAUCUAUCCACGCAGGUGUUCAUUGACUGAUGUUGAUUAGGAACAGAUAAAUUAACUAGAAUCUCUACAUGCAGGCAAGUUUAAUGUUCUCAUGUAUGAGAAUGCCAUUUCGGCGAAAGAUAAUUGACUAGCGUAUUGAUGAGAGUUCUUCCAUUCUGACUAGUCUUGUAAAUCAUGAUGGAAAAGUCUUUUCCAGCUAUCAUGAAGCUUGAAAAGUAGUGAAAUAUGUUAGGGCCCCAAAUUCGGAAAUCAUUCUAGUUAGGAAGUAUGAGACGAGAUUAUAUAAUAUUGUGGCGUCUUAUCCUAUAAUGAUGUACUACUCUUUUGCUACGGUGGUUCAAUAUAUAUCGUGACAAUACAUAGAUCAUUGUUCUUGUACGGCCACUUAACUACCUAUGUCACAUUAGCGGCCUAGGGUCGCUCAUUUUGAUAGUCGCCAAUGUAUUUAAAGCUUUCACACUCCAGUUGUAAAAGAGUUCUAAUUCUUUACAAUAACUCUUCUUACAAUAAUCCUUCUGCAAUAAUAACUUUCAGACAACUUUCAUCUCAGAGAAAAAUCACGACUUUAAGAAGAUAUAAGAUCCUUGUUCAGAUAAGGUUUCUAUAAUUCUAAUUGCCAUUCGUCAAUCAGAACCCUUCCUUCAAGCGAACAGUUACAGAUACUAGUUCUACUUUUCACAUCAUACCACUUCAAAAGAUUGUGAGCUUAUAGUCAUAAAUAUCUCAAAAUGCAGCGGUCGAAUACGAAACGUCCCGAUCUUCGCCACAUCCGCGUCGCUAUCCCCAAAUCUCUCCAGCAUGACAUAGAUCCUAAAAUUACGCCAUCAACUUCGUUCACUGCAACCCCACAGAAUACAAAGCCCACUCUCCUCAAUAUCGCCCGAGAAAUACGCGAUCUGAUUUUGGAUAAUCUUCUCAUUAGUCCCGCACUCGGAACGGGAGCAUCAAUGUGCGCCAAACUCAAUGGCACCGAGAUCCCGAUUACAAAAGAGACUCCUCAAUUCUUAUUCCAUACUUCUAUUCUCUAUACAUGUAAGCAGCUAUAUGAAGAAGGUUUUAAGGUGCUAUAUGGACGCAAUGAAUUUAUAGUCGACUGUUUGGAAUACCCAGAUGCACGUCCCAGGCGUAAUCAAAACUGGCGUUCAACACCUGUAGGAUGGUUUGAUAGUCUUGAAGUAUACGCCAUCAGUGAUACUCUGGUUAUCAGUCCUCUGACUCGAGUAUUGGAGGAUAGUUACUUUACGCAUGGCAUGUGCAUGGCACUAGAUUGCCAAACGCUUGAACUGGCUUUUGGACAGUAUCGUUCUAAACAAAUCAGCCAGAUCAAGAACUGGAAGGUACUUGUCCGUUGCCCUACCGGUAUCUAUGAUAUGCACGCGCUAUUGAGAUUCUGUCAAGCGGUGUGCCAUGUUCCAGGGCUAAAGAUUACUUUUCUGUUCGUUGGGACGGGCAAGAGUGAAGAUGAAUCAGUGGAUCUCAACACGGCGGUUAAAAUAUGGAAUCCGUUGAAAUUGCUUCGAAAUGUUGCCAAGGUUGAGUUCCGAGAGGCGACGCACGAAGAAGUACCAGAGUACAUGUCUUAUACCUUGUCAAGAGGGUUUUACUCCUGCAAAGGUUUUCUCUCGUCGAUAAAUCUUCUCAGAGAACAUGUGGCUUUAAUGAAAGGGUCUUCGCCAUUGAUUGACACAGAGUUCAUUCAUCUACAAUAUGAAAGAUUAUUGGCAUAUACCCAGACAUUUGAAUGCAACCCGGAACUUAGAGCUGAUCUCGCUUUUCACGUGGAUCUUGAGGCAAAAUCUCCACGUUGGGGAUGUCCAAACAACAUAUUCCGUGGAGAGAAUCUUUACCACAUCGAGGAACACCUCAAUAAUGCCCGCAAAGCUGCCUCUAGUAGCAACAUAAACACGAGUUUGUUCAAAUUUUCACGCAAUCAUGUACUGCUCGAGCUAGAGAAGCAAUACAAAGCUAUCAACCGACAUGCUUUCGAAAUCAAGGAAUUCAUAAAAUUAGAAAAGAGAUCUGAAGGCUUUUUCGGCUUAUCAGGGAGUGAUCCCAGGAUUUCCCUAAAUAAACCUUAUAACGGGACAGGUACGAUUAUGAAACAUCGUAAGACCAAGAGAAUAGUCGAAGCCCACCAAGAAUUUUUGAAAAAUGAAUGGUGGGACCCGAGUAUAGAGGCACUUAUGCUCUUAGAAAAAUAUGCAGAUUCUUUUGCCAGAGUACCAUCUCGACAAUGGAGCGUUCAUUUUCGCAGGCAUAACACCGCCUCCUUGAACGCUUCUCUACCGAGAGCAAAAUUGAUUGAGAAUAUCAAGGAGGCCUAUAAAUGUCGGGAGUACAACGAUUUUGUUCAGGGGUUCAAGGAAGCGGUGGAUGAUAUGGAUGGUCAACUGAUUGAGAUUAGAAAAGAAAGACAGAGAUUAUUUGAAUACGGAAAUAUUGAAGAGACUGAAAGGAUCAUUCGCCUGGACUACAGGAAGUUUGAAGCUGCUUAUUGGAGUUUGAAUUAGCGGGAAAUGGGAGUGAAAGUUCCCAUCAACAAAGCCCGAGAUAUGUGGAUUUAUGAUUCGAAGGCAAGAUACUACCCAUAAGAACUCUGAAUAAUGGUAUCGAGCAUUAGCCAUAGUUCA